AUGUCGGGCAUAACCGUCAGUUACAGCUGCGGCGACUGUUUCGCUUCGAAUUCCACCGCAAGUUCAGCGCAGCCGCGGCUCGACGAGCACGAACUUCUGAAGUACAUAUGGAAAGAAUACUUGCAUCCGAAACAGUACGAGUGGGUCCUAAUAGCCGGAUACAUCGCUGUAUUUUUCUUCUCGCUAAUUGGAAACACGCUGGUUUGUUUUGCAGUAUGGAAGAACCACCACAUGCGCACAGUGACCAACUACUUUAUUGUGAACCUUUCCUUUGCUGACAUCCUAGUCACUAUCACCUGCCUUCCUGCCAGUCUGGUAGUGGACAUUACAGAAACAUGGUUCUUUGGAGAUACACUCUGUCGGAUAUUACCUUAUUUACAGACAGUCUCCGUGUCUGUGUCCGUGCUGACCCUCAGCUGCAUUGCUCAGGAUCGCUGGUAUGCUAUCUGCCACCCUCUCAAAUUUAAGAGCACAGCAAAACGGGCUCGCAAGAGCAUCAUCCUGAUCUGGCUAGUGUCCUGUGUGAUCAUGAUACCACAAGCCAUUGUCAUGGAGUGUAACAGUCUACUGCCGGAGCUGCUGCCUGAGCUUACCAACAAGACUGUUCUCUUCACAGUGUGUGAUGAACACUGGGCAGAUGAGAUCUAUCCCAAGGUUUACCACAUCUGCUUCUUUAUUGUCACCUAUUUUGCCCCUUUGUGUCUGAUGGUUCUGGCGUACAUCCAGAUCUGCCAUAAGCUCUGGUGCCAGCAGAUUCCAGGGAGUUCAUCAGUGCUGCAGAGAAAGUGGAAAUCUCUGCACUGUUCAGCUCAGGCAGCAGGCACUGGUGAGUCUGUCAAGGUUAAGACCACUACGGUGUCAGCUGAAAUUAAGCAGGUGAAGGCCAGACGAAAAACAGCACGCAUGCUGAUGGUGGUGCUUUUUGUUUUUGCCAUCUGUUACCUGCCCAUUAGCGUCCUCAACAUAAUGAAAAGAGUGUUUGGUGCUUUCAAGAAUACAAACAACAGAGAGGCGGUGUACGCCUGGUUUACCUUUUCCCACUGGCUAAUUUAUGCUAAUAGUGCUGCCAAUCCCAUUAUCUACAAUUUCCUCAGUGGUAAAUUCCGGGAGGAGUUUAAAGCAGCAUUUACUUGUCACCGUUCAAGCAGAGGAGAAAAAACUGAGCGAGUGAGGGCCAAGAUGAGCACAGACAGCCAUAAAUCCCUGUCCACACAAGUCAGCCAUUUUGACAAUGUCUCAAGGAUCUCGGACCUUGUUGUGUAG